AUGCAUGGGAUGACAGCCGCGGAAAUUUCGCCGGUCGUCAAGCGGCAACAGGUGAUUGACGUCGAGGAUGAGAGCAAGGACUUUUCGAUCCACGACAUGCAAGCCGGCACUUCAGCUCCACUGCCACCACCACCACAACGCUACAAGAAGGGAGAAAUUGUGACGACACCUGGCGGGAUUCGGAAGAAGUUCAAUGGGAAGCAGUGGCGGCGGUUGUGCAGUCGGGAGGGAUGUAAUAAGGAAUCCCAACGUCGCGGCUACUGCUCAAGGCAUCUUUCCUUAAAGAGCAAGCCGGAGCCCCAAGUGUCCUUUCCGGUCAAUCGAUUAUGGGAGCUGGAGGGCUUCCACCAGGAU